UAUAAAUAUAAAAACAAUUUAUCCAAAACUACUACCCCCACAGCCGCACCACCCACCCACACCAAACCCACCCUCCUUCUCUCCAAGCACAUAUAAAAACACAUAGUGGCCUCAUAAAAAACAGAAAACAAAACAAAAAAAAAUAAAAUGGAUUUCAUCAGAAUGAAAAUAUGUCUGUCUGUCUUGUUGUUUCUAAAUGUCUGGUUUUGUACAGCCUUUGAUGUCUCCACAAUUCCUUUUAACAAAGGAUUUAGCCAUCUCUUUGGUGAUGCAAAUAUUCUUCAUGCUACUGAUGAUAACAGCCUUCAACUUCAUCUCAACCAAAACACAGGUUCAGGGUUCAAGUCAUCUGACCUCUACAACCAUGGUUUAUUCAGUGCUAAAAUAAAAUUGCCGUCAGAUUACACUGCAGGAAUCGUUGUUGCCUUCUAUACAACGAACCAAGAUGUAUUUAAGAAGACACAUGAUGAAUUGGAUUUUGAAUUUUUGGGAAAUAUAAAAGGAAAAGCAUGGAGAUUUCAGACAAACAUGUAUGGAAAUGGAAGCACACAUAGAGGAAGAGAAGAAAGAUAUACUCUUUGGUUCGACCCUUCUAAAGAGUUUCAUCGUUAUACCAUCUUGUGGACCAACAAAAACAUCAUAUUUUAUAUAGAUGAUGUUCCAAUUAGAGAAAUUGUACGUAACGAUACAAUGGGAGGAGACUACCCAUCAAAGCCAAUGGGCCUAUAUGCAACCAUUUGGGAUGCUUCAGAUUGGGCUACUUCAGGUGGAAAAUACAAAACAAAUUACAAAUAUGCACCAUUUAUAGCUGAAUUUACUGAUUUAGUACUUAAUGGAUGUGCAAUGGACCCAUUGGAACAAGUUGUAAACCCUAAUAAUUGUGAUGAGAAAGAUGUUGAACUCCAAAAGGCUGUUUUUUCAAGGAUAACACCAAGACAAAGAAUGGCCAUGAAAAGAUUCAGGGCCAAGUAUAUGUAUUACUCUUACUGUUACGAUUCUUUGAGGUAUUCAGUGCCACCAACUGAGUGCGAGAUAGAUCCAGUUGAACAACGGCGAUUUAAAGAGACCGGGAGAUUGAAGUUUAACAAGCACCACGGACACGGUCAUCGCCAUCCGAAGAUCAGAUCAACAAGUCAAGUACUUGAUGCUAGGAUUUCUGAAAAUGAAGAUGAAGAUUGAAGAGCGAUUAAAUUUUUGUUUAUAAUAGUGUUGUUGAUGUAUGUAUAGACUAUAGAUCAUAAAAGGAGGGAAGAGUGAUUUUUUUUUUUUAAUUUUUCUUGGAUUUUAGAUUUUGUUAUAGGAAAUAUUGCCAGAGUGAAGGGGUGGAAAAUUGAUGAUAUAUACAUUACAUAUAUAUUGUAUGCAAUACAUUGAUUGAGCUAUAUAUUUUUGUAUAUAAAUAAAGAGGUCAAAUUAUGCAUAUUAAAUACAAACAAAUGUUCCCUAA